CACAAUGGCUGCCCUACGAACAACCCUCCAACGGCUCCGGCCGGGCUCAACGCCGUUAUCCCAAUCAUUCACAAAUCGCGCAUACCAACCCGCCCUCCGCGCAUUCACAACAACCCCCCAAACCCUCAACAACAACACCGAAAACGACAUCCCCAACAUCAACAUCACAAACUACUACACCCUCUUCCCCUCAACCCUCCCCUCAGGCCCGCCCCCAAACCUAGAAACAAAAUUCGACAUCCCCCUCCGCACCCUCCGCGCCGAAUUUCUCUCCCUCCAAAACCGCACCCACCCAGAUAAAUACCCCCCCGGCGCACCGAAGCAAAAAGCCGAAGCGCUCUCCGCGCUGCUAAACGAAGCCUACCGCACGCUCUCCGAUCCGCUCGCGCGCGCGCAGUACUUGCUUAAGAUCCAACACAACAUCGACGUAACGGCCGAGGAAUCCGCGGCAACGGACAAGCAAGCGCUCGACCCGGAGACGUUGAUGGCUGUUAUGGAGGUUCAGGAGAAAAUCGAGGAACUUGCCGAGGAAGAGGGGUCGGGGGAGGAGGCGGAGAAGGUUAUUGAGGAGAUGAAGGGGGAGAAUCGGGAGAGGGUUGAGGAGGGGGUUAAGGUGCUUGGGGCGAUGGUUGAGAAGGGGGAUGCGGAGGGGAUGAGGAGGGAGUGUGUUCGGUUGAGGUUUUGGUAUAGUGUUGGGGAGGGGUUGAAGGAGUGGACGCCGGGGGUUAGGGAGAUUCGGUUGGUUCAUUGAUUUUGCUUUGUGGAGUUUGGAUAGGGUGAGAUGUUGUAUAUGGAGGAGUGGCUUUGCAUAUGGAUGUAUGUUCACUCUACUCUACUUUUGUAUAUCAUUGGAUUCUAGAAACAUGAGACUUGGAUACUAACUGUUGCGGCUUGCAACAGAGUACAUGACUGGAAAUGCGGAAUAUAUACCAGAUGAACAUAAAGCCCGAGAUACUUAUAUAUAUAUACCACUCCUGUU